AUGGUAUGUCAGCAGCUGCGGCACAUGCCAGGUAGCAAAAACAUCAACGCAACCACCAGAAGGAUUAGCAAGACGUCUACCCAUAGCGCAGAGGAAAUGGGACGUUUUUGGCAAACUAAACAUAAGAUUAACGUACCAUUUGCAUUUGACAGAAAAGAGGCUAAAAAACGCGGUGAAGGUGGUAACAUAAUUGGUGCACAAUUCAAAGGAAAAGUUUUCGUUUUAGAAGAUGUUAUCACAGGCGGUACAUUGAUCAGACACUCGAUAAACCUCAUCAAGAAUACAGGGAAACGUAUGAUUGUUGAGUAG